AUCAUACAUUUCUUGAACACCUAUGACUCCCCGUUAGUUAACUGGAUCCAUGACUUCUGUCUGCAUCACAAAAAUGGAUGCAACCUUUGAUAGAAGCCCUUGGGUUGUGCAAAGAAAGGUGCAGGAAGCCCUUAAUAGCUAAAUUUAUGGCAUUGUCUUUUACUUGGUCUUAUUUAGUCUCAUAAUAUAGGUCUUCUAUCUGUCUCAGGCAUUUCUAGAGGCUCCUAUCUCUAUGUUGCCUGACUGCUGAAUUUGUUGCAAGUGUCAGAAUUUUAUCACUUGUGGUAAAUCAGGAGUGCUGCAUGGCUCCGGGAGGCUUGGGGAAAAGGAAAUCAGGAAAGUGAAGGUACACGGUACAGACUCUAGACUCAGUCCUGUAAGUGCACCCAUGAGGACAGACCUCUGUGCCAGUGUGUGUGGAGACGCAUCUACACAGAUAAUGCAUUUUACCUGGUGUCCAAAGACCUGUUUCUAUGGGCUUGAACCUCAUUAAGGCCCUGUCUUCUGAGCUGGCAUUUGAAAGCUGUUUAUAAAACGGUAGCAAAAAUGAACAAUAAAGUGGGUUGUUUGAUAAGGACAAUCAGACAUUUGCAUGUAUGUGGUUCUAAACUGGGUCCCAGCUUUAGAACGGCGAUGAGGACAUACACAUUAGGGAUCAGUAGAUAUAAGAGUGCCAUACAAAGUGUGAACCUGAGAAGAUUCCUGUUAAAUGUUCCUCCUCACCGGCUUGAAUCAUCUCUCCGAUUGCUGUCUCACGGGGUGCCUGUUUAUAGUAAAGGAGAUGUCACUGUAAAAGAACAGAAUGUUGCAAAGUCUCUAUUAGAUGAACAUAUGCAAAGUUCAUCUAGUGCCUUGGACCCUCUAGAAGAAGAUAGAAGUGUUGUUGAAGAGAAUCUGAUAGCGAAGAGCGAAAGGAGUCAAUCACAGCAGUUCUUUGAUGACCUUCAAAAAUGCACAUCUCCCUGUGAUGUAUUAGACCUAGUUUCAAAGUCUGCUAUUUCUGAGAAGCAUUGUAGUAACUGUUUUACUACUAUGUGGGCGCUCACCAAAAAGCUGUCCGAAGACCAGAAGCGUUAUGAGAAACAACUGAUGGUUGAGCAUCCUGCAUUCAUGCAGCUAUGUCAGCGUCUGAUGCAAGAGUCUAGGAGCAUGUGGUGUGAUGACUUGGUAUACAGUCUGCAUGCUGUGGUGAAGCUAGGGAUAUCCCAGAACACUCGACUGGUUCAGACUUUGCUGAGGGUCUCUCAGGAGCGCCUCAAUGAAUGUGAUGACCGAUGUCUCUCUGUUGUGUCAACCACCUUGGCAACCAUGGAAAAAAGCAGAAAUGUGGAUGCUCUUCAAGCUGGAUUACAGUUACUGGUGGAGCAGCGAAUUCCAAAGAUCAGUAACAUUUUUAUGUUGCAAAGCAUGAUGAAAUGCAUUGGAAAAGAUGCCCCACUCUCUCUCAAAAGGAAAUUUGAGAGUAGAGUUUUGAAAGAGCUGGACCACUUGACUCCUCUGAACGCUCAACACAUGUUUAGUGCUCUGGCUGUGAUGAAUCACUGCUCCAUGCCAAUCCUGGAUGCCUGCAGUAACAAAAUCAUUGAGAGUAUCCAUGGUACUCCAUUUUGGCAGUUAAUCCAUGUUCUGAGGUCAUGCAGCAUCCUCCGGUACCGCAAUGUAGUUUUGUAUUCAGCAAUAGCAAACUACGUGACUUCAGCCAUCUACAUGUGGGACACUAAACAGAUUGUCCUGUUUUUGUCUGCCUUUGAGGGACUUCGUUUUCGACCUGUUGAGCUGAUGGAUAUUUUGGCUGAGAAGGUGACAAGUCAUCCUGAAUCCCUGAAUCUGAAGGAUAUUCUAAGUAUUCUCCGGGUGUAUUCACUUCUCAACCACGUUCCCAAAUGCCAAAAUCAGGAGUUCCUGGAGUCUCUCAACAGUGCCUUGAAUAAGUACCUCACCAGGAUUUCUAAUGUGGAUCUGCUGAAGGCAGUGUAUUCAUUUUGCGUUUUAAAGUAUCUGCCCCAGCCUGCACUUAGUCAGCUCCUGCAAGGGGACAACCUCAAUGAGUUACUAAAAUCAGAUGGCCUUAAUAAGGAGCAGAAUGAAAUGAUGCUGCACUGUGUGAACAUGUGUCUGGAACUUGAUAGUCCUCCUUCAUUCACUAAGCCAGCAACUGUGUUUAUAAAGAAACCCUCAUCACCUUUGGUUUCUGAUCUCCCUGAGGUACAGGAGGCUCUCCUGAAACUUCUGGGAGAUGAGCGUAUGGUUCAGCAAAACAUCCAACUGCCACAUGGUUACAACAUUGAUUUUGAAAUCAAAAUGGAUGCAGACAGAAAAAAAGUGCUUCCAGUAACUGAAGUAGAUGAUCCUGCUGAUGUUCCAAAUGUUCAACGAGUGGCUGUUCUCUGUGCUCCUCCAUCUGCUUUCUGUUUUGGCACAAGACACCCCCGAGGCAAGCUGGCAAUGAAGAUGAGGCAUCUGAAAGCACUGGGCUAUCAUGUGAUACUGGUCCACUACCAGGAGUUUAAAAAACUGAAGAAAGAAGAAGCAAUUGAGUGUUUGAAGGGAGAAAUCUAUUCAGCAAAUGCUUUUCCUUUUUCCGAUGUGAAUUUGCAGGAUAAUAUUUAAAACGGACUGAGAACUUCGGAUCUCCUGCUUUUUUCCCAUCACAGCCAUUCACAAGAAGACGGAAGCAGUUUCAUAUAUUCCUGAAAAAUGCCUCAAGACAUUAUACCUUGUAGAAAGUUUGUAAAUUCAACUAUAUCUACUGAAGGAGUUUUUUAGCAGUAGAAGCAGUUCCUUUCAAACCUGUGUUCCGGAAUGCUAUAGCUAAGGCUCCUUAAACAAUAAUUGACUUCAUUUAAAAACAAACCAAAAAAAACCUCCUGCAUUUAAUGUUGAAACUAUCUCAAAUUUAUCUUUUUUUUAAACUACAUCUAGGCUACUCCAGUGGGCCAAACUGUUCAUUUGUUCUUGAACUGGGGGAGUGUGACAGUCUUUCAGAGCAGUUGGGACCAUGGCUGCUCUCACUGUAGUGAGAAUGGGAUAACGAGUCAAUCUGUCUUUAGCUUUCAGUAAGAACUCCAGCCAGAAAAGCAGUAAAUCAUUAGAUAUUGACUGGAGUGGAAAUAAAAACGCCCAAAUCUCUUGAUAAGUUUGUAACUCAGAAAAUAACUUUCUAGUCUCGUUUUCAGAAGUCUGGGACAGCAAAUGAUUCUUUAUUCUCCAUGCUUUUUCUUCAGUCUGAAGCCUUUCCGCCUGUUAUAAAGCACUCUGAGAGUCAUCGCUAUAAGAUCCUGUCCCUCGUAUAAAUUGCCUUGUGAUGUCUUCUUUUGUUUCAGUAUUAGCUCUUCCAAGACUACUUACAGCUAUUGCACAGCACUUACGAAGGAGAGCUGCAGAAAGGGAUCGGGGGGUCAUAGUGGACCACAAGCUAAAGGAGUCAACAGUGUAAUGCUGUUGCAAAAAAAAGCAAAUAUCCUUCUGGGAUGUAUUAGCAGGAGUGUUGUAAGCAAGACGCAAGAAGUAAUUCUUCCGCUCAACUCUGCACUGAUUAGGCCUCAACUGGAGUAUUGUGUCCAGUUCUGGGCACCACAUUUCACGAAGGAUAUGGACAGAUUGGAGAGAGAGUAGAGAAGAGCAACAAAAAUGAUUUAAAGGUCUAGAAAACGUGACCUGUGAGGGAAGAUUGAAAAAAUUGGGUUUAGUCUGGAAAAGAGAAGACUGAGAGGGGACAUAACAGUUUUCAAAUAUGUAAAAGGUUGUUGCGAGGAGGAAGAAAAAUUGUUUUUCUUAACCUCUGAGAAUAGGACAAGAGGCAAUGGACUUAAAUUGCGGCAAGGGAGGUUUAGGUUGGACAUUAGGAAAAAGUUUCCAACUGUCAGGGCAGUUUAAGCACUGGAAUAAAUUGCGUAGGGAUGUUGUGGAAUCUCCAUCUUUGGAGAUUUUUAAGAGCAGGUUAGACAGACACUUGUCAGGAUGGUCUAGAGAAUAUAUAGUCCUGCUGCGAGUGCAGGGGACUGGACUGGAUGACUUCUCAAGGUCCCUUCCAGUUCUAUGAUUCUAUGAUGCAACACAACAUCCACUGGCCCACCACGUAGUAGAGGAUAAAUCAGAAUAAUGGUGGUAUUGCCUACUGAUAUAAAUGUGAAGUUUAAAGAAUGCUCUAAUUUGAAGGAGUGGAAGAGGCAGACAUAGCUCUUCCAUCCUGUUCUUGAAAAUACUCAUUAGUACUUGCUUUCAAGAGUCAGUCAAUGAAACACUUGCAUUUUUUUGUCAAGUUAUUUUUUUGUUUUAAUGAAGUGCAAUUUUGAAUAGGGGUAUUUUGAACAUUUACUUAGUAACAGCACUGAAACUUGUGGUCUUCAUAGAAUAUCAGGGUUGGAAGGGACCUCAGGAGGUCAUCUCGUCCAACCCCUUGCUCAAAGCAGGACCAAUACCCAGUUUUUGCCCCAGAUCCUGAAAUGCCCCCUCAAGGAUUGAACUCACAACCCUGGGUUUAGCAGGCCAAUGCUCAAACCACUGAGCUAUCCCCCCGCCCCUUACAAAUCUGUUACCCAUUUCUGCAUUAUGGUCAGUCCUGUGAUAAUGAUAUUGUUCAACCAGAACAAGUAAAUAUAUGUUAGAGCCUUUGGCAGUAACCUUAUUCAACCAAAUGGCGGUGCUCUUGCUUCGCAUCAUGGUGAGCUGUGAACUGCACACUUCUUUGUCUCUGUAUUCGGCUGAGGAUUUGGCUGAAGCUUUGCAGUGAUGUGGUAAAAGAAUUAAGGUGAAAAGAAGAAAUGAGGCAUUAUUUUAAUUUGCUGCCGUACCCUUCACGGAGUAGGUCAGCUGAAUAUGAUAUAUGUUUGUGGAGAGAACUUGCUAGUAAAGAUAUGUACAGAGUUAUGACUGGUAACAUACCACAAGAAGAGCUGUCUUUGCUGGUUUUCAGACUGGCUGAAACCCUGAAGCAUGGAAAUUCUGCCAGAAAGCCUGAACUUGUGAGAUUUAAAACUGGAUUUUCAGACCAAAGCGAUUUGCUUGUUGAUGGGAUUUUCCUUUUUCUGGAUCAGAUGCACCAAGAAAUACUGAUUAUCUGAAUGAACCUUUCCUUUUCUUCUAGCCAAGAUGGCAUGCAAGCGAUUUUCUUUUCUGUCAACGCUACGUUAAAGGUGUAGAGUACUCAUGACCACUGCACUGAAUGAGUGACCACUGGAAAAAACAGUAGUGGGUGGAACCAAUGACCCACCUCAUUACACUAGUUAUAAUGUAAUAGGCCCGAAUAGAAGGCAUAUUUCAUGCCAUAUGCAACGUGAUAGUACCUUGCUCCUGCUGUAUCACUAGCUGUUUGUAUUAUGCUUGCAUCUUAUAAAUACAGUGCUAUAAACACUCAGCUAUAGAAUAGUUAUGAAAGAUAUUUGUUCCCACUGAGGACUUUGGUCUUUCUUCGGAUUUUCUGAGUCUUUUACCCUAUUCUUUCCCUCCUACUGUGGAUUCCGCUUGUUAGCAACCUCUCAGAUCCCAGCAAAAAGUUGCUAUUAUCUAAAGGUUGCCAGUAAGCAGAAAGUUAGUCUAUAGGGGUGCAGCUAGGGAAUGAAGCACUGGGACAUGCGUGGUACCUUUCCCUGCCUGCCCGCAAACCUGCCUACAGCUGGGAGGGGCAGCUACAUGCAGAGUAGCAGGGGGGAUGCAGCCCAGAUGCUGGGGCUUUCCUUGGGGUUGCGGGGCUGCACAGUACAGGAGCCUGGGCUUGGCACAUCCCAGUUCUUCCUCCCCUGGCUGCAGCUCCGCAAACCUCCCUGCUGCUGCCCUGCCUGCAACCUCCCCUCCCAGCCACAGGUAGGGCUGCAGACAGGAGGCACAUCAAAAAGUUGUCAAUUAGCAGUAUGCCUGUUGCCAAUAUCCAAAUCCUAUUAACAUUAAAGUCAGUGGGGUGGGAUUAGAAAAUGUUGCUACCCACAGGAAGUUGAUAAUAUCAGGAUUCCUAUUAAGUGGCACCCACUGUGUUUGCCUCCUAGCAUUUCCCUCUAGCUUGAGUAUGAAUAUCAUUCAUUGUACAGUUGCGACCAUGCCAUGGCAUCUAAAAUGCCACAAGAUUUUCAGGUGUCAAUCAUCGAAGGCCAAAUUCCAUUUUUAGGCAUGAUUCCUGGGCCAGAGUAUAUAUUUUGGAUAACAUGCUCCCACUGAUGUCAAUGGAAAAUUUUUACAUAGAUCAAGUAUAGAAUUUGACAGUAACUCAACUUAUUAGUUACUAUUCUUUAUUAAGUACUUUGUUUUUCCAUUCAGUAUUGCUCAUGGGGAAAGCAUAUGGCACCCUCAUGGGACCACCACCCACUUUUCCUUUUCACUUUCAUUUCUCUUUCUGUCCCUCUUCCUUUUCAUUCUCUCCUCCUUUCUUCCCUCUGCAUUUCUUUCCUCACAGCAAUUCCUAAUUUCUCAGUAUCCUUGGUUUUUCUCCCACCCAUUCCAUCUAUUAAAUGAUCAGCAAUAAAGAAAGUUAAUGUUGACCCUAAAGGGUUUGUUUUAGUUCUCACUCGAGUGAGAUUAAUAGGGGACAGAGGAGUUCACACCUCUCUGAGCCAUUGUUUCAGGCUGGCUGCAGACUCAGGAAGGCAGCCUUGUGUCCAUUUACCCUUGGUUCACGUUUGGAAGGUUUUCUUUCUAGUGAUAGUUAGAAACUUCUUUCUGAAAUGAAAGCUGAGAUUUUGCACAAAGUGAAUGUCAUGCAAGCUGUGAAGUGAUAAAUAGUACCCUUUUCAUUGGCGCUGUUAUAGCAGUUCUGGAUCUAUCCCACUUGAGAUGUAACUUUCUUUUCAAAGAAGAGAGCAGAAUAUUCUUGUUAGAGCUGACAUAGAUUUUGUCAGAUCCAUGAAGGGGGCAACAUGUUUUAUUCCCUGGGCCACAAGGAAAUCUGAAUAGAGGACCCAUGUAACAUUCUGUUCCCCCAUUAUGAAUUUGUGAAGUAUUAAGUAGGGGUUUGUCUACACAGGGAACCUAUUGCAAAAUAAGCUAGGGAGUGAAUUUAAAGUGCAAUAGAUAUUUCAAAUUAAGAAUGCCUUUGUGCGGUUUCAUAGAAGUGGAGUAAGCUAAACCCACAUCCCCUAAGGGCGUGGCUAUACUUGCAAGUUAGAGCACAUUAAAGCAGCCCUGGGCCCCCUAACUCCUGAGGUGUCCACACUGGUAAGGCACAUAGAGCAUCUGGACUCUGCAGCUGGAGCGCUCCUGGUAAUCCACCUCCAUGCUGCACCCCGGCUGAAACAUCCAGGCAUCAGUGUGGACGAGGCGUUGCAUUACUGCGCUGUGAUUGGCCUCCGAAAACGUCCCAUAAUCCCCUGAAGUCAAGUGGUUACUCUUGUCGUUGUUUUGAAAUCGGCUGCGGGCAUGUGGAUAUCCCCUUUCAAAGCUCCGUUUCUGGCAGCCAGCAUGCUUCUCUGCUCUGGGACAAAGCAAACCAUUAGUGUGAAAUGCUGCUGUUGUGAGUGUGUGUGUGUGGGGGGGGUGUCUCCUGUCUGAACUUACAAGACAGCAUGCUGACGCACUCUCCCCUCCUCCCCCACAUACACUCCCUGUCACACACUCCCCCGGCCCCCCAUGUGAAAAGCAUGCUGCAGCCACUUGCACACUGGGGAAGCUACCACAAUGCACUGCUCUCUGUGGCGUUGCAAGAGCUGCUAAGGUGGCCAUGCCAGUGCGCUUCCAGCUGAUAGCGUAAACACACGGCAGCGUUUUCCCUGCUGCGGUCUCCAAAGGCUGGUUUAACUCCCAGUGCUCUACAUCUGCAAGUGUAACCAAGCCCUAAAAGUGCCUAUGUCUACACUUAAAACACUACAGCUGCAGUGCUUCAGUGUAGACACUCCCUACAAUGACAGAAGGGGUUCUCCCAGAGCUGUCUACACUGGGGGUUAGGUUGGCAUAGCUACAUCUUAGGGGUGUGACAAAGCCACACCCCUAAGAGACCUAGCUAUGCUGACGUAAGUUCCCAGUGUUAAAUGUGGGUUAAGCAUUCACAUGGGGAGCUAUUGCGGAAUAGCUAUUCCAGGCUAUGUCCCGUAGCAGGCAAAGCAUUAGACACUAGUCCCAUUGAAUUUAACUGCCCCUUUCACAUGAGAAACAAAAACUCUCAUGGAAAAGGGUGGCAGGAUCAGGUCCCUUUUGUGCAUAAUCUUUGAUAUAAACUGCUAAAAAGGUUUUGACUUAAAUAAUAUAAUAAAGUUCAGUGAUCGAAAGCACAGACAAAGUAAUAACUGGCACUAGGAUAUGCAAGCCAGGUGAGGUCUAAAAGUGGGCAGAGAGGCAAUGAAGCAAGCCAGAAAUGAGAAGACAUGCCGCAAAGGAGAAGGCUCUUGCAACAGGUGGCUGGUGUGAAGGAAUGGGGCCAGUACCAGAUGAGCAGAAGGAGUGAGGUAGCGUGGAAGGGUUGAAAAUAGAAAUUAAAUAAGUGGAUCCUAGAAUGAGGGUACAAAAACAUGUUUCUGGGGGAGUGAUGUGGUUAUGGAUCUGUGUAAAGGGGCUGUACGCGAGAUUCCUGCAUGUGCUGGAGUCUAGAGAAUUAGGACUUGGCAAUUGCAAAAGAGAAGGGAACUGUAGUAGCCAAGAGUGCUACAAAGACUGACCUGACUUUUCCCUAGUCUGAGUUCUGUUCCCAGGCUACUUUAAUUGGUAUUGUUUUAGAUUAUUAUUUAUUAAUGCUAAACUGUUCUCAUCUCUCCAAGCAAAUUGCAGAGCAAAUAACCUUGCUUGAAUAAGAUAUCAAGUUUACUUCUUAUUUCUUGGCAAUGGAAGAUCAGCAUUUGAGAAGAAUUUACAGAUGUUUUGUAAGUAUCAACAACAGCAGAGGCAAAAUGUGCAGCAUUUCAUAUGACGAAUUAUUAAGUUAUGUCUGGAGACAGUAAAAUACUGAUGUUGAACAUGU